AUGGCUCGCUUUGCUGCAGGGGCACGGGCAAUGCUCGCCCUGGGUCGGAAGACCUUUAUAUCGCAAAGUGGUCUGUCGGAAGUGUUGACAGCGAUCAAGAAGACCGGACAGAUCCCGGAAGCAACUUCAAAGGCCACAGUGAAAAGAAGGCGGGAGGAUGCGGUAUCCAUUGAAACGCCUUAUGGCUCAUUGAUCCAGAUGAUGAAAGCUGAAACCUUGGAAGGGACAUUCAUUGAGAUUCCCUACUGUUCUCCUGCAGCUCUCUUGUGGCAUACAUCUCGGACAUGCCAUCGCAUGCGUGAGUUCCUGGACUCUGCGGCGGCCAAGCAUGAGAAUAGCCUCAACAGCAAGUGGAAGUUGGCUGUCUACCUGGACGAAGUAAGUCCAGGUAACCAGCUUAAAGUUCACAACAGAAGAAAACUUCAGGCUUGCUACUUUUCCAUCCAGGAAUUCGGCGGUUACAACCUCAGUCAAGAGCAUGCAUGGUGCGUUCUUGCUUGCGUCCGCACAGACUUGGUCAACCAGCUGAAGGAUGGACUGACCCAUCUGUUUAAGCUCUGGAUCAAAGCCUUUUUUUGUGAGUCUGGAAACCUUUCAGCCGGAAUUUCAUUGCAAAUCAAUGGGAUGGACCGGAUGAUGGCAUUUUCGCUUGGCUACAUCGUUGCAGACGAGGCUGCCAUCAAGCAUGCCUUCGAGAACAAAGGGGCUGCAGGAAAAAUGUUGUGUCUCUUCUGCCAAACAACAAUUCAGAAGAGAUAUGCGCCAGCUGUGCUAGGCAUGUUAGUGCCGCACACAGAAGUGGACCAUUCAAAUCUUAUUCUACACACAGACCAUAGCAUCUGGCAGGUCGUGGACCAUCUGCAUGCUGAGUAUAUGGCAGGACUGUCCAAGAAAGAGUUUAGCGAUCUUGAGACACGGCUAGGUUUCAACUACACGCCUCAUGGCGUGCUACUCGACCAUGAUUUGAGAGCAAUUGUGCGGCCGAUCUCUCAGACGUGCUUCGACCCGAUGCACGUCUACUUAGUCGCAGGCAUAUGGCAUCGUGAAGUAUCGCUGUUGAUGAAUGUUCUUGCAGCCGAUGGUUACAGGCAACCUUCCCUGCAUGACUUUUGUUCAAGUUUCAUUUGGCCAAUGAUUCACGGUGGAGCAUCCUGUCCUGCGAAGAAUUCUUUCAGAAAGAAAAAGGAACCAGAUGCCGAAUUCAAAUGCGGAGCAAGUGAAGCGUUGGCAUUGUAUCCAGUGCUGAGGGCAUUUUUGGUCCAUCAAGUGGAGCAACCCAGUGCGCCUCUGCGGCAAGCCAUCGAGUCCUAUUACAGAUUGUGCGAAGUUCUGGACUCGUUGAAAGCAGCUACUGUUGGCACCAUUGCUUGUUACGGAGAGCAGCACUACUUACCGAAGCAUCAUCUGGCCAUUCAUUUGGGCCAGCAGCUGGAACUUCAUGAGCUGCUCAUCAGCUGCUUUGUCCAUGAAAGGUGGGCUGAUCAGCAGCAUUCAGGACAUCAAAGCAUGGAGCGCUCUGUUCUGAGAGAGGUGCUUGCUGACGCACUUUCAUGA